AUGCAAAUUCCACUCGUUGUAGCCCCUACAGAAUUGAUUAUCCGUCCUCCUUGCGACAAAUCAGAUAACACCAUCGAAGGUUUGCUUGAUGAAAGCGGUGAUUUCGGAUGCUCCACUACUUUUGUGAACAAGCCUUGCAUUGAGUUAAAAUUUGAUAAAGUAUAUCAUUUUUCUCAUCUCGAAUGCAAUGAAAACAAGAGAUAUGGCAACGAUCAGCAACGUGUGAGAGGAACCGAUGUGAGCUAUAGAGUCAAUGAAACUGAUUCUUGGAAAGAGAUUUUUUCUUUCAGAGAUGGUUAUGGCCUCCAGAAAGUAAACCUAAAUGUCCAAGCAAGGUAUUGGAAAUUUGAUUGUUUUGGAAACAAGGAGAUUGCUUUUGGUAAACUGAGAAUGUAUGCUUUUGAUGCUCCAGCUGUGAAUAUUAAAACCAAAGCCGGAAUGAUUAUUCAAGAAACCACUGCUGGCUCCUCAAGUUCCGAUACAGCAGCUGUAGAUAUCAAUGAACCACUUUACACCAGUGGUGAGAUGAAUGUUAUUGCACCCACUGAAAUGAAAUUGUCUUCAAAAGAUAGUUGGGGAGAUAAUACCAUUGAAGGACUUUUGGACGACACUGGAAAGUUUGGUGCUUGUACCGGUACAGGAAAUAAUCAAAAUAUUGUCUUGACCUAUGAUCGGGUUCAUCUAUUUACAUUUUUGGAAUAUAAGGCAUGUCGAUUGGGUGAGAGCGUUCAAUGGCAAUUCUUGAAAGAUACUCAAGUUCAAUACAAGGUCCAUGUGGAUGAUGAAUGGACAGUUUUGGAUACUAUUGAAAAGUCAGAUGUCAAAACCCAUCCAGAAAGCAUGUUCAUUUAUUUCCCACAGCCUGUUAAGGCCAGAUAUUGGAGAUUACUCAAAUUAGACACUGCAGGAGUCUUCUUUGGAAUGCUUAGAUUGUUUGGUUAUUCUCCCUAUGUUGCCAUCAAAACAAAGAGUGGAGUUGUUCAACCCUACGUUGCCACACCACCACCAUCUCAAACUUCUGCUGCAACAGUGGUGGUAACGACAACAACCACUGUUCAACAACCUGUUGUGGUUCCUCAAUCCCAACCUCAACGACAACAACCUGUUGUGGUGGUUCCUCAAACAGUUCCAGUGGUUGCUUCGAACGUUGUCGUUCAAUCUAGUGUGAGCAGCAACGUUCCAGUCAGCACACCUCAACAAGACAGCCUUGAACCCAAGUACCCAGAUAGUGAGGAAGUGAAUGUAGUUCCACCCACUGAAUUGAAAAUGUCCUCCAAAGACAGUUGGGGUAAAAACAACAUUGAAGGCCUUUUAGAUGAUUCUGGCCAACAUGGAUGCUGCACAGGAAAUAGUGCAAACUCAUUCAUUGAAUUGAUGUAUGAUGCAGUUUAUAUUUUCACAUUCUUGGAAUUCAAAGCAAGUAGAUUGGGAGAAAGUAUGCAACUUUCAUCAUUGGAUGGUGCCAAUGUUCAGUACAAACUCAAGGCAACUGAUGAAUGGACCACAUUGACUACUAUUGAGAGGAGUCAAAUCAAACUCAAUCCACAAUUCAACAGCAUCAAAUUUGAUACACCCAUCAAGGCAAGAUAUUGGAGAGUCUUUAGAGCCAAAUCUGACCAUCUAUUCUUGGGUAUGCUUAGAUUGUUUGGUCAUUGUCCCUAUGUUCCAAUUAAGACUAUUAGUGGUGUUGUACUCUCUCUAAAGGAGACUUUAGCCAUGUGGGAACCAAAAUAUACUGGUCCAGACGUGAAUCUAGUUCCUGUUCAAUCUCUUGAAUCCAAAGGAGAAUCGAGACGUGAAAAUACCUUAGAAGGAUUGUUGGAUGAUUCUGGAGAUUAUGGUUAUGUUACUGCUUCCCAUCAUACCUCGAUUAUUUUGAAUUAUGCACACGUUUAUUUAUUCACUUAUUUGGAAUACAUGACAUUGACUACUACCAACAACAAAGAUUACUACUUGAAAGAUGUGAAUAUUGAAUAUCGAUUGAAAGAAUCAGACUCUUGGACAUUAUUGAAAACCAUUGAACAAAAAGAUAUCAAGUUCACACCAUUGGUGAACACAAUUACAUUUGACAAACCCAUUAAGGCCAAACAAUGGAGAUUGUUCACAAAAGGUCAAUGUAUUGAAAUUGGUAUGCUCAGAAUAUUUGGUUACACUCCCUAUGUUCCCAUCCAAACCAAGAGUGGAAUUGUUCCAAGCAUGGAAGAAGUUGCAGAACAAUCAAAGCUUAAAUUCCCUGAUUGUGAUCAAAUUAAUCUCAUCAAACCUGUGACACUUUAUACCACUGAGCAUAAAAAGGUUGAAGAGGGAGUUAUUGAUGAGAUUUUACAAGGAAGUGGAAAUGGAUUUGUCACUGACAACUCUUCCCUUCCACAAUGUGAAGUUUGUUUCGAUGGAAUUUACAAAUUUACACUGUUCACAUGGAGAGAACAUCCCAAGCAUAAGGAAUAUAUCAUAGAAGAUGGACGUGGAAGAAAGGAAACUUCCUCUCUUGACGGAGUUAAAAUUGAAUACAAAUUGCGUAGUAGAGAUCCUUGGAAAACGUCGAGCAUCAGAUUUACCAAGUUGGAAACCAACGUGCAAAAUGUGUAUAUGGUAUUCAUGGAAGGACUUGAAGCUAGAUAUUUCCGUUUUACGAAAACUCCACAAUCAGGAUUGACCUCCAGAAUUGGUUUUGGAAUGUUGAGAUGCUAUGCCUAUGCUCCACUGUUACAGUUUAACAUUAAGAAUAAGGAACAUUCGGAGACUAUCAUGAAAAUUGAACGAAAAGAUCAUGCUGAAAUUCCAAAAAUUGUUCCAACAAGUGAUGAAGAGCCAUACUACAAUGAAUCGUCAUGCAGUGAAGUGAAUGUAAUUGCUCCAAUUCGAAUUAUUAGUUCCAAACAUGGCAAGCAAUCUGAAAAUUCAAUUGAAGGUGUCAUUGAUGAUAGUGGCUCUAAAGGUUAUUCUACUACCCAUCAAGUCCAUUCCUAUAUUGUGCUUGAAUUUGAAGCCGUGUUCUUAUUCAAGUACUUGGAAUUUAUGAAACAUCAACAAAUUUCUUUCACAGACUCCGUUCAAAGUGCUUUGACUUUGUCUUACAAAGUGAAAGAAAGUGAUCCUUGGACACGCUGCGAAACUUUUGACAAGAAAUAUUACAACCAUCCAAAAUUGAACGUCAUGCAAUUUAAGAGUGCAGGAAUCAAAGCAAAAUAUUGGAAGUUUGAAAGACUCUGUGGAGAUAUUUCAUUUGGAAUGCUUCAAUUCUUUGGUGUUGCACCAUUUGUUCCAUACACAACCACCAAGGGUUUAUUGCUUUCACGAGCUCAACAAGAGGCCCCACACCUUGCACCAUACAAGGGAAGUGAAGUCAAUGCCAUUCUUCCAAGCAGUAUUUCUAUUUCUAAUGAAUAUGAUGAAACCAUUAAUAACAAGUUACUUCCAACCUAUGACAACAGCAUGGCAGAAAACACUUUAGAAGGAUUAAUGGAUGAUACUGCUGAGUAUGGUGUUUGUUGCAAAGGAUCUACUCUCAUUAUGAACUUUGAACACAUUCACUUUUUCAAAUAUCUUGAAUAUUAUACCCAUUGUUUGUACGAUGGUGAAGAUCAAGAAUAUUACUCUAGCUUUGUGAGCGUAUUUUACAAGAUUCGACCAAAUGAACCUUGGAUUCCAUUCCACAAAAAGAUUGAGAAUUCUAAACGCUAUCCUUAUUUGAAUCGUUUUGAAAUUGACAACUCUUCAACUGGAUUCAAGGCAAGAUAUUGGAAAUUGGUGGCUGAUUCAUCUUCCUUAUUGUUAGGUACAUUGAGAAUUUAUGGUUAUGCUUCGUAUGAACCAAUUCCAACAAGAACUGGAACUGUACUUCCACAAGACGGUGAUGUCGAGAAGUACAAACUUCAAGCUCGUUUGAAAUUACUGGAGAAACAAAACGCAACCAAGCACUGUAAAACUUGUCAUGAAGAUUUAGAGGAGGAAGUAGACUCCGUGAUGGAAUGUGCUACUUGUGAAAUUGGUUUGUGUGAACGAGAUGCCAAAGUUCACAAGAAGAAGAAUCCAUCACAUGAAGUUAUUGAACGAGUGGUUGUACCUUUGGAAGAACCAUCCGCCACUCCUCAACCAUCACAACAAGAAUCUUCUGUCACAAAACCAACAAGCACCAAGGACUUACAAAAUUUGAUUUCCUAUUAUGCCAAAGUUGUUGCUGACAAAUUCACACCAAUCACAACUGGAAUGGGACCACUUCAACAGCUUAAUAACGAUCCCAAUUUAUUGGUUAAUUAUACAGAUGAAGGUACUUCAUGUGUGAGAAUUAAUGGUCCAGCAAUGAAAACUUUUGAGGAACGAUGCAACACUUUUGUAGUGAACCAAGGAGCUAAAUCUGUUGCUUUCGAAGCCUACUUUUUAACCUUUACAAACACAUCUUCAACACCAAUGUCUGUUACAAAUUUGCAAAUGGAGUAUUUAGAUCAUGACCAAACCUGGAAACCAAUGCAGGAAACUCAAGCCGCCUAUUGGCAAGCAGCUACUGUGGCAAGAGCUGUCAAUUUUGGUAGAGAACUUGUCAUUGAGAAGAGUGAUUCUCAUGGCAAAUAUGUGUAUUGCAAUAAUUUCAAUGUUGCUGCAGGAGCCACCUCUUGUGAAUACAAAGUUGCCGCAUCCUUCCCAUUGAUUGGUGAAGUGGCACAUUCUGACCGAAGCGUAAGAAUGCUUCCAAUCUCAAUGCCUUAUCCAUUCACCGUCAGACUCACUAUUACUGAUUCAUUAAUGCAAAAGAGAAGCCUCAAACUUGUUUACGCAACUCCAAAUAUUCCACAUCAAACUCCUGAACAAUUCAAACAAAGUAUGAGACUUAGAGAUGAAGACUUCUUUGUGGAAUGCAGUGACAAUGUCAACAGAGAACAAGCCUAUGUUGGUGUCAAGUUGGAUGGAGAUGGCCUUGUAUUGUUCAAUUCUGGAACUAAGGCUCCAAAUCCACAAAAAUUCACACUUCUCGAUCUUAAAUUCCAAUAUGAGAAACGUAGACAAAAUUCAAUCUUGUUGUGGACUGCAAAUGGAGCAUUUUGUAAUGCUGAAUUCCACUUGUUGUGCGAUCCAGAAUUUUACCAUAAAGGAUAUGCAAUUAUGGUGAAAGCUUCUUCUGGAACCAACACCAUUGAGAGAGUGUACCCACUUUACGAGAUUAUUAAGAGCAUGUCUGCCCAGAGAUUGAAGAAGUAA